AUGACCACUGGAUCGGCUGCUCCAGCUAAAAAUUCCAAAUGGGAGCUCUUUGAACGACUUCAGUUUUUGGAACUAGUAUCUACAGAAAGAGCCAGUGCCUCCAAUGUUUCUUUCGAAACAGUAGUUUCAAGUCCAAUGCCGAAUGAAGAGGCAGAAAUUCUCUUUGAUAUUGAAGAGAAUCAAGAUAUAGCGACCAAGCCAGCCGCCAAGUCUACACAAAAACGCAAAAAAGUGGAAGAUGAAUUUCUGACAUAUCUCAAGAAACGAGACGACCAGAGACAGGUAUAUUUUCAAGAGAUGAACGCUUUCAAAGAAAUUGAUGACGACUUUGAAGACAAAUUCAACAAAGAAUAUUUGAUUUUUAAAAGCAAUCAGAUCAUUUCGCACAGGUUCAGCAGGAGGAAUAUACUCUCUCAAGACUUGAUAUCAAAAAGUUCUGGCUAUAAAGGUGUUUACUCCGCUGAGGUAUCCAAAACUGGCCCCAGAAGAGCGUUGAGGAAGAUAGUGAAGAGGGCUCUAUGGGGUAUUGAUGAAACAUAUUUGGUGCAGAUUGAAGCAAUAUUAAUUGCAAACUGUAAAGCAAAUGGUCGUCUUGAAGUACAGGAUGAUCUGGAGAAUACAUAUAGCCAACUGAAUCGAUGUGCCGCUAGAAAAACGAAAUUCAUUACUCCCAAAGCCGAAUACCUCGCUAAUUUAGAAGAGUGCAGCCGAGAGGCUAUCAGGAAAACAAGAAACUGUUUAGCUGAGGAUCAAAAAUAUUUCCCAGAAUUCAUUCUGGAUUUGGCUAAGUCUUAUUUCACUUUCUUGUACGAUGACUUCGAAAUAAUGAGACUUGACCUGCCUUCAUGUGUUCGUUCCACCCUGAAUUCAGAUGCUCAAAGAGAAUAUACACAAUGUUUGACAGAUGCUACUGCCCAAACUAAUUUUACCUGGAUAAUCCCAUCUUCAAAAAGGUCUUUCUGCGACAAAAUUCUUCCUGCGACCAAAUGUUUCACCGAAAUUAUUAAGAAUUAUUGUCAAGAUAGUGAAAAUCUCAGGAAAUUCAGAAAUGACUAUAUAGGAGCUAUAGAAGUUCCUUGUGGAAUAAAGAAGUAAUGUACAUAAUUACAAUCGAUGGUCAUUUAUCGUGGUGAUUUAUAUUGUUCCAAUAUUACAGAAUGUAUUCAGGUUUUUUUGUUAGUAAAAAUGAAUAAAUUUUGCUGAGGUUGUCGA